AUGAAAUUCUCAACAAUCUUCGUCUUCUCUCUCGUUACCUAUGCUACUCUAGCAUCAGCUCAAAAUUUCCGUGAACAGAACGCUGAUGAUGCCGAAAAAUUACAAAAACAAUUCGAUAAAUUGUCACCAAACUCACCAUGUAAAGUAGGAGAUGCUUGUGUGAAAGGUCAAUUCGCUCAAUGCGUUGGUGGAAAGUUCGUUUUAAAUUCUUGCGGUGGCGGUGAAUUAAAAUGUGUUGUUUUGCCUUUGGUUAAUAAAAAGGGGACAUCUAUUACCUGUUCCACCGAAGCUGAUCGAAAAGCUCGUCUUGCCGAUGCCCGAAAGGGUAGUAAAAGCAAAAAAUCCAAAUCCAACGAUAAAAAACAAAAGAGACAAGCAAAAGGUGAUAUAGCAGUAAUUCGAAAAAAGAAUGCCGAUCAAGCAGAAGCUUUACAAAAUAAAUUCAAAUCAUUUAAAGAAGAUCAAAAAUGUGCAGAAAAUGAAGAAGCCUGUGUUGGUGAAAAAUUUGCAAAAUGUGCCAAUGGAAAAUUCGCCUUGUCCGCUUGUGCUUCCGGAACAAAAUGUGCCGUUUUACCUUUAGUUUUGAAGGAGGGCGUUUCUAUUACCUGUACCACUGAAGCGGAUCGUGUUGCUAGACUUGAACAAGCUAGAAAAAAUGAAUGA